UUUCCUGCGCCUGGCGUGCGGUGGGGCGGGCGAUGCCCGGCCAACUUCACGCAACGGCAGGGGGGGUUUCCUGCAUCGCUAGGCGCGGGGCCUGCGGGCUUCCCCGCGACCCUCGCCUCUUCUGCCACCCUCAUCCUCUUCGAUUGUUAAACGCGUGCCCGCUCUUAACGCCUCGUGGAGCUGUGUUUUCAGUCUGGGGAUGGGAAUACAAAGGCCCGGAGGCUCGCCUCUGGUUCGAGAAUAGUAUAUUCGCAGUGGUCAGGAUGGAUGGAAGCAGACAUUCCUGUGUGCUGCACGGAUCUCAGGUUCUGCACCAAAGCACUGUGCUGAGAGUGGGCUACGGCACCCACAAACACAUGCUUACAGGCUCAGUUGUACUCGCUAAAUGAUUAUAAGCCACCCAUUUCUAAAGCUAAAAUGACACAGAUCACCAAGGCAGCAAUCAAGGCUAUAAAGUUCUACAAGCAUGUUGUACAGAGUGUUGAGAAAUUCAUUCAAAAGUGUAAACCAGAAUACAAGGUACCUGGUCUGUAUGUCAUUGACUCCAUUGUAAGACAGUCCCGGCAUCAGUUUGGACAAGAAAAGGAUGUGUUUGCUCCAAGAUUCAGUAAUAACAUCAUCAGCACUUUCCAGAACUUGUACCGUUGUCCUGGGGAUGACAAGAGUAAAAUUGUUAGAGUGUUAAAUUUAUGGCAGAAGAAUAAUGUGUUCAAGAGUGAAAUUAUUCAGCCUCUCUUGGAUAUGGCUGCAGGAAUUCCUCCGCCAGUUGUGACCCCUGUCUUGCCCAGCACUACAGCUGCUAUGAGCAACAAUACCCCAGGAACACCUGUGACUCCAGUUACUCCAGCCAAUGUGGUGCAGAGUUUACCUGAUCCUUGGGUAUCUCAGAUUGCUAAUACAGAUACCCUUGCUGCUGUUGCACAGAUUCUUCAGAGUCCUCAAGGCCAACAGCUUCAGCAGUUGAUACAGACACUGCAGAUACAACAGCAGAAACCUCAGCCUUCACUACUUCAAGCUCUGGAUGCUGGUCUUGUCGUUCAGCUACAGGCCCUCACAGCACAACUUACAGCUGCAGCUGCUGCUGCUAACACACUUAAUCCACUGGAACAAAGUGUCUCUUUUAAUAAGAAGCUGAUGGACAGGUUUGACUUUGGGGAAGAAUCUGAACAAAAUGAAGAGCCUAAAAAGGAAACUCCCACAUCCCAACUGCCUUUAGUAUCAGAAUCUGUGAACAACUCACUUUUUCACCAACUAGCUGAACAGCUACAGCAACAAAAUUUAGAACAUCUCAGACAACAGCUUCUGGAGCAACAGCAGCCUCAAAAGGCAAGUCCUGAGGAGAAUCAAGAAGGAAAUUUUGGUUCAGAGCACUCUGCCUCACCAUCACAAGGGAGUAGUCAGCAGCAGUUUUUAGAAGUGGAAACGAAUGUAGAUGAUUCAAUGGAUAUUCAACAACAGGACAUGGAUAUAGAUGAAGGACAGGAUGUUGCUGAAGAGGAGAUUUUUGAACAAGAGGAAAAGAAAUCAACUGUUCGUUCAAGAUCAAGAACUCGCUCAAGAUCUCGUUCAAGGUCACCAAGAAAACGAAGGUCUAGAUCACGGUCUGGGUCUCGUAAACGUAAACAUAGAAAACGUUCACGCUCAAGAUCAAGAGAAAGGAAGAGAAAGUCAUCUCGAUCAUAUUCCAGUGAAAGAAGAGCUAGAGAAAGGGAAAAAGAACGUCAGAAAAAGGGAUUGCCUCCUAUACGGUCAAAAACACUAAGUGUUUGCAGUACUACUCUUUGGGUAGGUCAAGUAGACAAGAAGGCUACACAGCAAGAUUUGACUAACUUGUUUGAAGAAUUUGGACAAAUAGAGUCAAUUAAUAUGAUUCCCCCAAGAGGUUGUGCUUAUGUUUGUAUGGUUCAUAGACAAGAUGCUUAUCGUGCUCUUCAGAAACUUAGUUCUGGGUCCUAUAAAAUAGGAUCUAAAAUUAUUAAGAUUGCCUGGGCUUUGAAUAAAGGUGUCAAAACAGAAUAUAAGCAGUUCUGGGAUGUGGAUCUGGGAGUUUCGUAUAUUCCUUGGGAGAAAGUAAAAUUGGAUGAUUUGGAGGGCUUUGCUGAAGGUGGCAUGAUUGACCAGGAAACAGUAAAUACAGAAUGGGAAACAGCCAGAAGCUCAGAAGCCACUAAAGAAAAUACUCAAACUACACAGAGUGCUGCAGUUGAUAAGAGUACAGUUAUUACAACACAGACAGAAGCUUACACACAACCAGUCACUAUGCUGCAGAUUCCAGUAGCUCCAGCUGUGCCUGCUGUUAGCUUGGUUCCACCCGCAUUUCCUGUCACAAUGUCUGUCCCUCCUCCUGGUUAUAGUGCAAUUCCUCCUCCACCCUUCUUGAGAGCAAGUUUCAACCCUUCACAGCCACCUCCAGGUUAUAUGCCUCCCCCAGUUCCACCUGUGGUUCCACCACCUGUUGUCCCGCCACCUGUUGUCCCACCAGUUGUUCCAACACCUUUAGUACAGCCUCCGUUACCAAUUGCACAAGAGACAAUGAAGGAUGUUCCUUUUACUAGCCUUGUUCUACCAGUUGGCACAGUUACUAGCAAUCUAGUUACUCCAACAUUAUCUGCUGGAAAUGUUUUUAAUCCUCUGCCAAUCAACAAACCAGAAUCAGAUGAAAAGGGAUCACAUCUUACAGACCUUCAGAUUUCUUCCAGUGAAAACAAUAGAUCUGUGCAAACUGAUGUCUCAAGUAGCUCUGGACUUGGAGUGCAGCCACCCAGCGUCUCAAGCAGUUCUGGGCUUACUGGAGAAGGGCAGCCACCCAGUGUCUCAAGUAGCUCUGGACUUGCAGGGGGAGUACAGCCACCCAGUAUUUCAAGCAGCUCUGGACUUGUAGGAGGAGUGCAGCCACCAAUUGUUUCAAGCAGUUCUGGUCUUGCAGGAGGAGUGCAGCUACCUACUGUUUCCAGUAGCUCUUCUCUUGCUGGCGGAGUUCAGCCAACCAGCGUCUCAAGUAGCUCUGGACUUAUGGCUGGAGUGCAACCACCAAAUGUCUCAAGUAGCUCAGGACUUCUAGCUGGAGUGCAUCCACCUAGUGUCUCAAGCAGCCCUGGCCUUCUGACCGGAAUGCAGCCACCCAGUGUCUCAAGCAGCUCAGGAGUUCUGGCAGGAGUGCAGCCACCAAGUGUCUCAAGCAACUCUGGGCUGCUUAUAAUGCCACCACCCAAUGUUUCAAGUAGUUCUGGACUUAUGGGAGUGCCACCACCAAAUAUUUCAAGUAGUUCUGGACUUCUGGCAAUGCAGCAUCCAGCUGGGGUUCAAAACAUGCCUCAUUUAAAUAUUAGUAGUCAAAGGAUGCCGGGAAUGCCUCUCAUAGAUAUCCGUCCAGGCCUUAUGCCCCAUUCGCCUGGACCAAGGUUUCCAUUAAUGCAGCCAGGAAUGCCACCACAGCGUAGCAUUCCUCCUCCAGCAAUCCUUGAUCCAUCUCUUCACCCACCACCUCGAGGUCCUUUUCCUCCAGGAGAUAUUUUUAAUCAAACAGAAAGACCUUUUGGAACACCAGGAAGACAAAAUAUUGAUAGCAUUUCUAACCCAGAGAAAAGACUACCACUUGGAGGCGAUAACAUUCAGCAGGAAGGAGACAGAGAUUAUCGCUUCCCUCCAGUGGAAAACCGAGAUAAUCUCAACAGGCCAUCUACAGUGGAUGUCAGAGAUUCUGUUGGACGACCACCAGUUGAUCCCAGAGAGGGUAUAGGAAGGCCUCCAGUAGAUGGAAGAGAACAUUUUGCAAGACCACAUGUAGACAUGAGAGAAAAUUUUGGAAGACCAGGUAUAGAUAACCUUGGUCGAAGAGAGCAUUUUGGUUUCAAUUCAGACAAGCACUGGGGACAGAGAGGAGAUUAUGAUGAAAGAGAGCACCAUGCCUUCCCUGUUUAUGGUGGCCCUAAAGGCUUCCAUGAAGACAGAGAGCGGUUUCGCCAUGUUAACUAUAGGUUUGAUAGUAGAAGUGGUCCCAAUUGGAAUAGAGGAUUUGAACAAGAUGCUCACAGAGAUUUUGAUGACCGCCGAAGACCCUGGGAAAGACAGAGGGAUAGGGAUGACAGAGAUUUUAAUUUUUGCAGAGAAAUUAAUGGGAACAGGUUUGGAAGAGACAGAAUGUCAAACAACUGGAUUCCCCCUCCACAUCCACGGGUUUUUGAAUAUUUUGAUGGGGCCACUUCCCAACGCAAAUCUGAGAAUAUGCCCCAGGUAAACGGUGAAAAUACAGAGACAGAAAGUCAGCCACCAACUGCACAGGUGCAGGACGAUCCAGAACUUUAUGAAAAACUGACAUCUUCCGUCGAGAUAAACAAAGAGAAGAGUGACACAGAAGCUGAUAUAGAAAGUGAACCAGUGGUAGAAAGCACAGAAACUGAGGGGACAUAAUCAUCACUCAGUAGGUAAAAGAUACCUUUUGUAAAGUUGUCAUCUCUCUGUAAUAGAUAAAUGGCUGACUGGACCGUAGCAGUUCACUUUUGUCUGCCAGAAUUAAGUUAAUCUGAUGUUCAUGUUCAUCUUUCACUUAAAUAACUGUACAACUGACUUGUAUAGAACACUGUUCUUAAUUUGAACAUGGUAGGUAAACAUUUUUUUUUUAUUUCUCUGAUAAAGCAUAAACUUCCCCCCACUUGCUUUUAAUUUCACAAAGAUAAAAUAACAGCUUGUCAAACAAAGACUUCCUAUGGAAGAAAAUGGAUUUUUUUAGAUACUACCCUUAGGUUGGCUAUCGAAAUUGUUAUACUUGAAAACAGGUGCUGGUGUAUCUUGUCCGUGUUUUUAGGCUGCUGCAGAAUUUUAAAGUAUAGACAAAGCUGUGAUAUUUUAUGUUCCUACAAUUCGGCAGAAAAAGAAAUGGCCCAUGUUAUUUAAGGAGCAUAACACAGAGAUUAAAAGUGGUUUUGUAAAAUCUACACUAUAGUCUCUGUUUUCUCUAAAGUAAGUGUUUGUGAUUUGUUCCUCGUACUGCAGUGGGUUUAAAAAAAUGAAAAAGUACAUUUUAAUGUUGGGUGCAUUUUGUUUUUAGAUGCCAAUAAAGCAUAUUUGUUUGAUAACAGUGUUCUAGGUAUUGUAUUUUUUUAAAAACCUGCAAGCUCUAAAAACUUGGAAUCAGCUAUGAUAUGUGCUUAGCUAGUUGUUGCAAAAGGUUUAUAUUACUUUUGUAAGACCAAUGCAACAGUUAUAUGUGCAAGAAGCGUAUGGUUUUUACAUCGAAAAUCAUGCAGUCAUAUUAGUUGAUGUAAAUAACGUAUGUAUGUAAAUAUUUGUGUAAACUGUUUGUAGAUACCACUUUUUCUGUGCGUGCCUGUGUAUGUGCACACACUCACAGAAUCCUGUAGACAGUUCAAUAAAAUUGAAGUGAAAUUAGGUUGUAAAAAUUUGCCUUUCACCUUCUUUAGGUAGUAAGAUAACAAAACUUAUUUCACCGCAAUACUGUCAAGGGUAUGUUUACCUUCUCAUGCUCUUUGUUACGAUGUUCUUACUACUUCUAGAAGGUGGAACAUGAUAUACUGUAAUAAUAUACAGUAGGAUUUUAGCUUACUUUUUAAAAUGCAGAUAUGCAUGAAGCCAAAACUUAAGCAAAUAUUUGCAUUGUCUUAUUUUGUAAUAUAUUUGGUAUUCUGGAUAGGUAGUGGUAGUGUCACAGUACUUUGUGGUUAUUUGUUUUUAGUGACUCGAAGUCCAGAAAUGUUGCACGAAAAGUAAAAAGCUGUUGUUGGUCUAAAAACCCUACAUGUUUUUAACAGAAAUAAGGGGGGCUUUGUGUUUUGAUGGCUUAAUAUUGAAGUAGAACCUCUUGUUAAAUUGUUGAGAUUAAUUGGCUGCUUAGGUAAAUUAGUAGUGCUGUCCUCUCCUGUUCCACUUACUUCACUGCUCGUGUAUCCUUUAAAUUGCUGAUGAAAGAUAAGGCUAUAGGGUAAUGCUAGAUUUUCAGUUUGUUUCAUUUAAGCGCAUUUCAUCAACUUUUUUCAACAUAACUUUUGUUAAAAUACUGUGUCCGAAAGCAUCCUUUGACUCAGUUUUGAGAAAGUUGUUUUCUCUUGCAGAACAGGAUCCAAGGGUAGAUUCUGUUACAUGUACGCCCCUUUGGUAGAAGAAACAUUUUUAGCUCAGAUUAGAAUUUUGAUCUUUAACAUUAGAGCGUUAACAUGCAAGUUUUAAUUCCCCUUCUGCUUCCCCCAAAGGGAUGAGAAUAUGAGAAUGUCAUGAGUGUAAAGCAUAAGCAUGCCUUUGAAUGUAGAAGUAAGUUACACAUGUGUGUGUUGCCCUCUCCCUCUGGGAGGUGGGGUAUUUUUUCAUGCUGUGUCAUGGUUCAGUUUUUCAAUUACAGGGACUUUUAUUCUGGAUAGUAAAAAACCCGUCAGCUUAAAGAAAGAGUGGACUUGAAUGAAUGAUUCGUUAUCUACUGUGCAAGUAGUAGUCAUUAGGAUGUAGUGAGGUAUGCAUUAAAUAACUAUUGCUUUGUAAUAGACCUUGCUGAUGUGUUUAUUACCAGAACGUGUCUCGGGAGUUGAGAUGAACAAUGUUUAAGGUAAAAGUACCUUCAUGGGCAGACUCUGGCUCAGAGAACUUGACUGAUGCUGCUGCACCACUUACUAGUAGUAUUCUGGUCAGGCAGAUACAGUUGGGUGAAAGUCCAAACUAACAAAAUAGCUGUAAGGAUACUUUUCAAACUUAAAGUUAUUUUCUUAAUUUCAUUUUUGAAUGAAAUUAAGAAAAUGCAGUUUGAAAAAGCUUCAGUCAUAGAUGACAAGUACUCAGAAUCAAACACAUAUUGGCAGUAGCUUUCCUUUUCAAACAUUUUGUGAAAUGCCUUUUUAAAACUGAAAGUCAAUCUGUUUUGGUUUUGCUAAGCUUGGACUGGCAGUAUGCUAAAUUGCUCAGAGUAUGAUGAUUUAGGUAAAUUACAAGGUCAGAGAUGUUAAACAAUUUGGUUAGUAGUGGUAUAAACAAUGUAUUAUAAUUUUUUCACCAUUGUUAAUAUAUUUCAAACAUGAAUAAAUUGGCUACUGUAUAUAUGUGUUAUGCCAUCAAUUUCUAACAACUAUUUUUUUUUUGUAGAAUAAAAGUUUGUUGUAGUCUUCAGUUGCAUCAUUUUUACAGCUAGAACUGUUGUAUUUCUUACUUUAUUAAUGUAGCGUUCAGACAAAUAUUACCAAAAUAGCUGUAUUCAGAAACUCAGAAGGGACUUAAUAUUACCAAAACAGUGUGGUUUCUGUCAGUAGGAAGUUUCUAAGUCUUUCAGAGUUGAGUGAAGACUUCCCAUUCUCGUUGUAGAUUAAGCCGUCAUAAGCCAACACUAUGCACUGAAAGGAGCUGUCCUGAGAUUCAGACCAGUUCUUUGAUAUGGUUCACAGUAGUGACACGUAAUUUUUGCUGAUGCAAAAAAAGGAGUGAGAAUGGGACAGAAAGAAGAUGGGGCCAGGCAUUUGGGCAGCAGUUCUGGCUUAUGCCUGUUUAAAGCUUGCUCUAAUGAUGAAAGGUGUUAAUUCUAGCAACUGAAGAUGGUGGUGAUCUACUAUUUACUUAAGUAACAUACAUAUUGAAAAAUAUUUCAGGUAGCUUUGCAGGCAAUACAAUAUAUUUAGGCGUUCAUAUUUCCUUGAGAACCCCAUGCAUCAGUAAGUUGGUUUAUGUAUUUAUUACCUUUUUUAACAGCCUGUAAUUCUGAUCUUUCAUUGUACUGUAUUUGAGCAGAAUGCAAUGUCCAUAAAGACUAUAAAUGUGAACCAUAGCCUUCAUUUGCUAUAAGGACUUGAUUUCUUUGCUGAAGCCUUUUUCUGUGAAAUGUUGGUACACUUUCAUUUUAUAUGUAGUGCUUCACGUUAUUACAAACUCAAGGGAAUAGAUUCUGUUAGACUCCUUUGCUUCAGUAGCAGACGAUACCGGUAAUUCUUCGAGCCAUUUCAGUGAUUUAAAUGGCUUUAUAAACAAAGUUAAGGUACUCUUACCCUGAAUAAGGCAAGACAGGAUUACUGUAACCAAGCCUGUAGUUGGCAUACACAUGCAUUACUUACACAGUUGGAAAAUUAUCAAAUAAAUUGUCUAUAGAAGGUAUCUAUAAAACAAGCCAAAUCAUUGUAGAAUUCUCUCAAAAUACAGUGUCAUCAGUUUUGAACAUGUGUAAGGGAACGUUAUGCCGGUCAACACUUAAAGUACUUAUUUUCUUCAUGUCAUGUUCCCCUAACUCAAGUCUUUGGGUCAUUUGAUUUGAAACUGGUAAAAAAUUAAUCCCAAAUCUCAUUCUUUGAAUUCUCAGUAAUGUAUUUUAAAAUAACAUCAUAAAAAGGGUGACUUUUUUGUCUCUUGAUAAUGAAAGUGGAACAGAUACACUUAAUCACAGGAGUUAUAAAGAGUAACUAGGACAGUUUUUUGUUGUUGUUAAUUCAGAUAAUGAAAGGAUCUUUCCCUUGUUGACAGCUAUUACUGACUCUGAGUUUUACAUUAGUCACAGUUUCCUUUCAGGUGCCAAGCUUUCACAAGUAAGCAUGUGCUGUGAAACUAGCUACUUAUGUAGAUGAGAAAUUGAUUUAAAAGGCAUAAAGUCAGGGUAUUCUUUUUUAAUUUGAAGUGGUUUAUUUGACAAGAAUGGCAAAAGCAUUUUUCUGCCAUGUUGCUUUACUGUAUUCAUUCACAUCAGCAGAAACUUUGCAGCGUAUUGCAAGACUUUCUUAAUUAUAACUGACGUUAUGUUUCUCCUUGAAGGGUCAUGUUAGUGAUGUUAUUCACUCCACUUAGUCUGUCCAAGUUCUUUGGCUACUCAAUAAAUAUUUGGAAUUUUAUUAAUGUAUGUACAUGAUAUUUCUUAGUUAAGAAGUCAAGUAGAGCUACUUAAAAAAAUAUUCAUGACAUCUCUUUAAUAACUUCCAGUAGAGGUGUAUAGGAUCUGAAAAGUGAGAUUCUUGUCAGUGAUGGGAUGGCAUGAAAGUCUGUUAAUAGGGUUUUUGCUGAAGUUGGUAAGCUGUAAAAUUCUUGUAUUCCUUUCUAUCUUGCACAAACUUGAUAGAAAAGGGUAGUCUCAUUGAAUACUCUUAGUAUCUUUUAGAAGCUCUGCUACCAAAGAUUAGAGGAAGGGAAGUACUAGUAGACUAUGUACUCUUAAAAAUGAAGAGGUGGUUAAGAUAAGUUGUGCAGUUGAAGAUGAAUGUAUUUUGUCUUUUUAAGAAGUUAAAAAUGUACAUUUCAGCACUCGCAUAGUAACAGUGAUAUUAGUGGUGUCACUGGUUCACUAAUCUUAUUCUGUACUUUGUAAUUUUUCUUUUAAAGUUAACUCACUAAUGCUAAUUUUACAUGUUCUCUUCUUCCUAUCCGAUGAAAACACUAAUGCCCUCAGACAAGGGACUAUUUUGUGCUUUAUUUAACAAAAAAAAAAAUCUCAUCAGAAAGUAUUUUAACCUGUAGAUAGGUUAGCUGAACAUUUUUUCCUUUCUGAUUUAAUGCUUUAAUGCUGCAAUUUUCCUUUUGAAUUAUUUUCUGUAUGCAUAUCUGUGUUAUAAUGGAUAUGUGUUCACACUGGCAUGUAUCAAGCUUUCUGUUGAAGUGCAGACAAAUGGUGAGAUUCUUAAAGGUAGAUGAUCUGUUUCUAAAACUAGGGUAAACUUCACAGCCAUUUUGAUUUGUAUACUGGAGCAUUUUAAUUGUGUUGGAGUGUUACACUUUGUGUGCAAGGCAGUGCAAAAUAUCCUUAAUAGUUGAAGAGUCUUAAAUGGUUAUAUGUAACUCAGAUAUAGAUUGGUAGGAUUUGGAUAGGCCCUAGAUGCAGGGACUUUGGAUCUGAAUGUCACUUCCACACUAAAGGAGAGAUCAUAUUACAUCUGGGAAAAUAAGAAAUGUAGCCUUUUCUUGAUAACAGCAGGAAUUAAGUAGAAAUAAUCUUAGUGUUUAAAGUCCUUUCUAAAAAAUCCAUCUUUGUCUAGUCAAAGGAAGCUCUGUCAUUGUCACUUUAGUUGAUCAAGGGAAAAAAAUACUUUAGAUUGAUGCUGUUUCUGAGGUAAUCAGAUCUCAUUCAUCAGUGCAGUGAAAUGCAGUGUGCCUUAAGUUUUUUCCCUCUGAAAAGGAGCAUAUAUUUCAAACGAGACAAAAGCAUGCACAAAAUGAAGAAAUUUUUGUUUGUAGAAAUGGAAAUAAAAUUUUGGGUUUGGUGAUUUUCUUCAGGUAAAUCUUUGUCAUUUCAGUGGUGCAAAUACAUAAAUACUAAAUGGACACUCAACUUUAAAAAUGUUUACUUGAAAGUUAUACUAGUCUGUCCAGUUCAUUUUUCAUUUAUUUUCACAGACUUGCAAUACAUUAUUUUGUCAAGUGGUGCCAUCACAGAGUUCUUCUUACCACAAAUUAGAAAUACCUUUGAAUUAUGUAAUUGACUUAUUUAAAUCUAGGACAAUCAUAAGUCUUCCUUGAAACUCAUGGAUUUCUUGUACAGUAUGACUACCAAUAUAGGUAAUUCACUAUUGAGAACCUUACUGUUUGAGCUAUCAGUGAUUAAAAGUAAAAUACUGAAACCAAAUUGAAAUGCUUGGUGAAUAAUUUGGAAUUUUGUAUUCAUUAAAAGCAAAAUAAUAGCAUCUUCUCAAAUUUCAUGUUGAUUAAAAAAAUUCAUCAUAUUAAAAAUACGAACUUGCUGGGCUGUAGUUCUGUGAAUAAAUGAGGCAACCAUUAUUUUCAUUAGAAUGUAAAACCUUGAAGUGAUUAGGAUAAAUGUUCUUUAUACAAAAUACUGGAAUGUAGUCUUCACGUUUUGUGUGCAUACUGUCUGCAGUUUCUGUGUGUACACUUUAUACAUGCUUUACACGUGCAAUCCUCAUUGAAUGAUCAGAACCACUGUGGAAAAACAGGAAGGUGGCAUGAAAUGGCAAAUUCUAGCAGACACCAAAAAUGCUGUACAGAUUGGAUCUGUAUGUAAAGCAGUAGAUAGACAAUGUUGUUUCAGAGGUAAUACUUGGUCAGCCUAAUUUGAAAUCAGAUAAAACCUCAGUUAUAAAGCAUGAAUAAACCUUUCUCUUUUUUUAGAUUUAAUAAAAGUUAAUGCACAUGUUCUGAUCAAAUAUUCACUAGUUAACAAGUAAGCAUCCAAAGAUUUUAAGUAGUCCUGAGCAUUUUUCUUAAUGUUGCUUGUACCUUAAUUACAAACAAACAAGCCCCCAAAAAACUGUAAAAAAAACCCCAAACCCCAAACAAAACAAAAAA